AAACAAUCUCGACUUUGAAGCCAAUAAAGCUUUUAUAUAAUAAUGUUGUAUUUAUUUCCUCUCUCCAACUCACCAGCUCCACUUCUUUCGUUCUGUUUUGCCAUGGAAGUCUUUCACAAGCUCUUCUUCGUCUUCUUUUCAUUUCUCGCUAUUGUUUCCGCUGAUCUCCUACCCGGUGCUCGUGCAUUACCCGAGAACCCAAUUACUCGCUCGCCCCACGUAAACUCCAACUCAGUCCUCGUUGCUCUCCUCGACUCCCACUAUACCGAGCUCGCCGAGCUCGUGGAGAAGGCCCUCCUGUUGCAGACACUCGAAGACGAGGUGGGCCACCACAACAUCACCAUUUUCGCCCCUAUGAAUGAGGCCCUCGAGCGAGGUCUCGACCCAGAAUUCAAGCGCUUCCUUCUCGAGCCCGGGAACGUCAUGUCCCUGCAGACCCUCUUGCUGUCCCACAUUGUCCCCAAACGAAUUGGUCUACACGAAUGGCCCAAGUUAGCCACCGAGUCUAGUCUCCACGGCUCCCUCGCCCGCGACCCAGUCGAGUUAACGAGUAAGGAUUCGGGUGAGAUGUUCGUGGGUUCCGCAAGGGUGAUACACCCGCACGCCGUGAACCGUCCGGACGGCGUUAUCCACGGGAUCGAACGGCUGUUAAUCCCACAGUCCGUGCAGCAGGAUUUCAACAACCGCCGGAGCCUUCGAUCAAUUUCGGCCAUCAAACCAGAAGGAGCCCCGGAAAUCGACCCCAGAACAAAUCGGUUGAAGAAACCCACGCCACCGAGCAAACCCGGUUCGCCGCCAGUUCUCCCUAUCUACGAUGCCAUGGCUCCCGGUCCGUCCCUAGCCCCAGCUCCGGCGCCAGGCCCUGGAGGGCCCCACCACCACUUCAACGGCAUCGAACAAGUCAAAGACUUCAUCCACACCCUCUUACACUACGGCGGGUACAAUGAAAUAGCCGAUAUGUUAGUGAACCUCACUUCCUUAGCCACCGAAAUGGGAAAGCUCGUGUCGGAGGGGUACGUAAUAACAGUCUUGGCUCCGAACGACGAGGCCAUGGCUAAGCUGACCACGGACCAGUUGAGUGAGCCAGGCGCGCCAGAACAGAUACUGUAUUACCACAUUAUACCGGAGUAUCAGACGGAGGAGAGCAUGUACAAUGCGGUGAGGAGGUUCGGGAAAGUGAAGUACGACACGCUGCGGUUGCCGCAGAAGGUAAUGGCCCAUGAGGCCGAUGGGUCGGUGAAGUUCGGUCAGGGCGAGGGGUCGGCGUACUUGUUCGAUCCCGAUAUUUACAUCGACGGGAGGAUUUCGGUUCAAGGGAUUGACGGGGUUCUGUUCCCGGAAGAGGAGACCAAAAUUGUUUCACAUGCUACUGCUAAAGUCGCAGCAAAACCCAGGAGAGCAACAUUGCUUGAAGUAGCUUGUCGGAUGCUUGGGGCCUUUGGACAAGAUUCUCAUUUCACCUCAUGCCAUUGAACAAUAUG